AGCCCACCAUCGCGCGCCACACCCCCGCCCCUCUCCCUGGACACAGCGGCGCGGCGAUCGGCGACUGGAAACCGCUCCCUUCCUCCCGCCCGGCCGCCGCAGCCGAGCUGCCCCUCAUCCAUCUCCACAUCUACCUCCACGCCGCACAUGCUACCCGGCCUCGUCCGCGCCCACGCGCGCCACCGCGUCGUUUACCCCGCAGCCCGCGCGCUCUGCACCACCUCCACCCCCACCCCGACCCCCACCGCGGCGCCACUCUCGGCCGCCGACCUCGAGCUCCUCCUCCGCCGCGGCCACUACUCCCCUUCCACCCGCCGCUUCCACUCCCUCCUCCCCCUCCUCUCUCACCCCCCACUCCUCCUCUCCUCCGCGCUCCACCUCUCGCGCCGCGCACACCCCUCCCUCCCCUCCCCACCGCAACCCCCUCCAAUCACCGCCGCCGCCGUCUCCUCCCCCUCCUCCCACCUCCGCAUCCUCCUCCCUUCUCGCCUCAAGGGCCAGCCGCUCGCCGUCCCCACUCUCCCGCUUCGCCUCGCCAUGCGCUCCGCCGCCUCCGCCCUCGACGCCGUCUUCUCCCCGCGCGCGGCCACCUUCUCCUACCGUAGCCGCCAUACCGCGGUCCGCUACCUCAGGUCCAUUCCCAGCGCGUCCUGGUUCUUCCGCGUUGCCAUCCCGCGCCAACCCUUCGGUCCUCGCAACGUGCGCAGCCUGCUCGACGCCAUCUCCGGUAAGGUCGACGACCCCGGGUUCCUGGACUUCCUGAACGAGCUAUUUGUGUCCGAUGCCGUCUCGUUUGAGCUUGGAGGCUGCGAGCUUGGCCGCGGGCUCCCACAGGAAUCGGAGCUCACGGCCACGUUGGUGAACAUAUUCUUCGAUCCUGUGGAUAGAGAGGUGAUGGCCAUCCGGGAGGAGGUGCACAAAAAGCAUCCUAGAAUGAAGGAUGACAGUGUGCUGCAUAUGCCGGUGAGAGUGUAUGCGGUGCGGUAUCUCGAUGAGAUUCUGGUUGUGACAUCUGGAUCGAAGAUGCUCACAAUUGAUGCCAGAGACAGGAUAAUUGCAGUGUUGGAGAAGGAUUUGGAGGUGAAGGUGGACAGGUUGGGUAGCUCAAUCCAUAGUGCUGUAUCGGAGAAGAUUGAGUUCCUGGGGAUGGAAUUCCAAGCCGUGCUGCCAUCGGUCUUGCACCCACCCAUGUCAGAGAAAGCGAAGAGGGCAAGGAAGAAGUAUCUGAAGAGGAAAGCAGCAAAGAUGCAGGAGCUGAAGAAUGCACGGGAGACGCGGAGGAAGAAGCUUGGGUUGAAGAUACUAAACCACCUGUUCAAGAAGGUGAGGCGGGGACAUGAGUUUGAAUUUGAUUUCCGGAUUGAGAAUGAGGUGCAGCAAGUGUUCAAGGAUUGGGCAGAGGAGACAGUGGCUGAAUACUUCAAGUCACAGGAGCAUUGCCGAUAUUGGCACCGAUUGCUCACAUCUGGUGACUUCUUGUCGUUGCCAAGGGUGAGAGAUCAAUUGCCACAUGCAUUGGUGGACUCCUAUGACAAAUUUCAAGAGACACUCGACAAGUUGAUGCCGAUGCUGGGCCAUGACAUGGCAGACGAAGAGGAGUGGCUAGCAGAGGAGGAGGAAGAGAAACAAUAUGAGAAGAGGACUCUUGAAGACUUGACAGAGUUGAAGAUGAGGGUCAAUGCACCAAUAGAACUUGUCAGGAAGGCUGUAAAGCUGGCUGGAUUCACAAACUCCAUGGGACGGCCACAGCCAAUAAAGCUACUUCUCUGUUUGGAUGAUGUAGAUAUUAUCAAAUGGUAUGCUGGUGUUGGGAGGAGGUGGCUCGAUUUCUUCUGCUGUUGUCGGAACUUCAAGAUGGUCAAGACUGUUGUCAGUUACCAUUUGAGGUUCUCCUGCUUCUUAACAUUAGCAGAGAAGCAUGAGUGCACUAAGAGGCAAGCAAUUAGCCAUUUCACAAAGGAUUUAAGGGUGGCAAAUGAUGAUGGAGGGGCAGAAGUGCACUUCCCAACGGAGAGAGAGAUCAAAAUGAUGGGUGAUAAGAACCUGUCUGAUCCAAAGCCUGUGGAUGGUACCUUGACAAUGAUAUUAGUGAGAUUAGCAGUUGAUGAUGCCUCUUAUCCAUGCCUGACACAUUUUUGUGCAAAAACAGACACUGUUCUUUACAGAAUACGUUUGCUGCAGAAUCGUCUAAAUGUUGAUCCUUUGAAUGAGAAGAAGUGGGUCUGUGGACUAAGUGCCAUUCAUGAGAGCCUGAACAAGAAAUGCCUCCCCUUGUGCUCUAUGCAUGCAAGUGACCUUCUUCUUGGCAAGAUUACUCUUCAAGAUAUUGACUGUACUCAGUUUGUUGAUGUGGAAUGAAAAAAAAGUACCUGCACAAUACCCCUUGCAGAUUGUAGCUCAUUCAAUAUUGCAGGCCGUGUCCAGUGUGUUGGAUACUUGCAUUCGGAUGAAUGCUUCAUGAUUAGAGCUGAACUUUAAAUGUCUGUUUCAAUACAUGAUAGAAGAAAUACUGCUUUGGUCUCCGCUCCCCAGAGGAAUGCAGUGUGUGGAGCUGUGAACUAACUUCAUAUCAAUGCACUCAGGUCAGGGUAUAUCUGUAUCUGCCUGACUGACUUACUGUGCUAAGUACCACUAGCAGCGAGUAUGAUGGGGGCAGUUUGCUCUUAGCAGUAUGAUGAAGUGCACGCUAUUAUGCUGUUUGAAAGAAACCUGCUAUCUUGACUACUGGAUGUUCCUAUGGACAACUAUUCAAUCAUGUUCAAAUCAUUCUUCAGGGCCUGUCUGCUUGUCCCUUGACUAAUUAUGAGUUGGGAAUGAUGUAUUUGUACUGUGAAAAUUCUAGACAUUGUUAUUUUCUGAUUCUGUAUACGCAUUGAAUGGAACUUUUUAAUGGACAACAGGGUAUGAAAUGUGUCCAAAUUAUAGUU